AUGGUAUCCACCCGCAGACAGUCCAGGGCGAGGACAGGCGUCGAGGAGGAUCCAAACAGGGUCAUCGCCGUCGUCACUGGCGCAAACAGGCAAGUCUAUCUCUUGUCCCCUGGUGGCUAUGGCUUUGGUAUCUGCCAGGAACUUCUCACAGAACUCUCUCUCCCCUCUUCCGUGCCCAUGCGCGCUUCAACGCCCCAACAGAGCGCCCUCGCUCCCUCUCUCCAACACCUUCUACAAUCCCCCAAGUCUUCCGAGCCCACCAAGUCAUCGCCCCCUAACACUACCCUCACCAUCAUUCUUGCCUGCCGCUCAGAGACAAAAGCGCUCGAAGCUCGAGACCGUCUCAUCUUUGGGCACUUGGAAGAGCUCGCAAAGAGAAAGAAGAAGGGCAAGGUAGGGGAGAAGCCGGGAUGGAGGGAGGGACUGCGGAUAGAAUGGGAGGGCCUUGAUUUGGAUAGCCCGGGUGGGAAGUAUGGCGCGUUGACAUUCUGCGAAAAGCUCGGUGAAAAAUACCCCCAUAUCACUACGCUGUAUUUGAAUGCCGGUAUGGGAGCUUUCACAGGUCUCUCCUACUACAAGUUUAUCAAGCAGAUCUGUUUGGAAGGCAUGCCCGUCGCGCUGAGCCAGCCCAACUACAACGAGGAGAUUCAAGGAGCAACGACCAAAGAUGGAGAGAGAGGGUUGGUCUGGGCAACGAAUGUUUUGGCUCCUUACAUCAUGGUCAAAGAACUCAUCCCUCUCCUUCGCCGCUCUCCCGUCGAUCUCCCCUUCUCUCCAAGGGCCAUUUAUACCUCUUCCGGCACAGCGUGGUACUCCAAACUGGCCAAACAUCCGCUGGACGAUUACAUGCUCUUGGACUAUCCCAGCACGUACGGUGCGAGCAAGUAUAUGGGCGACCUGGCCAUGGCAGCGCUCGACAAAGAGUAUGGAGAGGUAGAGUCUGAAGGUGAUGCGGGUGCAACGAGGAAGGGGAGAGGAGAGGAGAACGUGAGAGAGGUCAGGGUGUUGACAGUGGAUCCGGGGUGUGUCGCUACGAACUUUUUCGCGGCCGGACUGGGCACCAUCAUGUGGUGGAUCAAGAUCAAGAUGUUUUUCAACUGGUGUCUAUUCUACUUUGCCCGUCUGAUCGGCUCCCCUUACCACCCAGUAUACGCUUCCGAAGGCGCGCUCCCCAUGCUCUACACCGCCCUCAUCCCUGCCCUCUACCUCCUUCCCCCAUCUCCUCCCGCGCCCGCCCAGAAAUACAAGGUCAUCUCGACAAGGUGGGGAAAUACCAAGGUGGGGUAUGAAGAAGUUGACCAGUGGGAGAGGGCGGAAGAGGAAGGGCUGGGAAGGGGAGUGGUAGAGAGAUACCUCAUCGCCACCCUCAAUGGCGUCCACGCAGGCAAACAGGGCAACGAUAUCCGUGAGCUCCACGCCAAGCUGUCGCAGACCAUAAAUCACCCCAUUCAACCCCCCAUCUACCGCCCAGUACCCCCCUCCACGUCCAUCUCCAAUUCUAUUGCCUCCACGGGGAUGCCCCCGCCAGCCCCCGCUUCGUCCUGGAAUACGCCACCGCCGAACACGGGCUUCUUUCUCUCGGGCUCGCCUUUGGGUGGCGUCAAUGGGGAGGGGGGCUUUCAUCCCACCGGUGGGAUAAUGGGCGCCAAUGGCGCCAAUGGCGGGUUCGGGUUUGGGGAUAAGGAAGAGAAUGUAGGCGGAGCGGGAGGGGCUUGGCCAUCGGUCCCUUUGCCCAAUCGCGCGUUUGCGCCACAACCAGCCUACCCUUCCGACUCUCAAUACCAAUACCCCUCACAUCCGUAUCCCACCGGUGAACCUUUAAAUCGCAGUAAUGGGCCGGGUGCUGGUGGUAGUGGAGCCACGGAUGUAGGCGCCGGAGGACAACAGGGAGCGAUGGAGGAGGAGAGGCCUUAUCAUGCUGCCGUCUUGCCAGUCAAAGCGAGCCCGAAGGAUACUGGCGGGUUCACAGAAGACGCUUUCAAGCCGCUGUGGGAGAAUUCGGGGAGAAAUCAGUGGGGAGGAUUCAGGCAGGAUCGGUAG